UGUCAGUUGACGUUUGACGUUUAACUUCAGUUGGGAAACACUCGCCGACUUCGCUGCCUCUAGACGGAGAGUUACUGUCGCUGAACAGUCAGUCAGAAGCUGGUUUUCUGUCUGCUGUCGGUGUUUUCAGGUUUCCUCUUUGUAUCGGUAUGUCAACGUCUGAAUUUCUGUCUCGAAUAACCGGAUACGACAACUAAAAAAUUAAAAAAUGGACUCGCACGUUGAUCCUCAGCAAACAGAAAACAGCACUCCAGCUGAAUCAACAGAUCGUCCCCCGAGGAUGACCAGACAGCAAACUCUCACCUUAAUAUCAAUGGCGUCUGUCAACUUCAGUUCAAUGAUCUGCUACUCAAUAUUAGGUCCCUUUUUCCCUAAUGAGGCAGUAAAGAAAGGAGCCAGUCAAACUGUCAUUGGUCUCAUAUUCGGCUGCUAUGCUGUCUGCAAUUUAAUUGGCUCAUUGAUAAUGGGGAAAUAUAUUGUCCAAAUUGGUGCAAAGUUCAUGCUUGUUAUGGGGCUUUUUGUGUCGUCAGGCUGCACCAUUUUGUUUGGGUUACUCAACAGGGUUCCUUCAGGAGCGCCUUUUAUUACCCUGUGCUUUAUAGUGAGGUCCAUAGAUGCUUUAGGCUUUGCCGGUGCAAUGACCUCCUCUUUUGCCUUGACAGCAAAAAUAUUCCCAAACAAUGUGGCAACUGUUUUGGGUAGUUUGGAGGUUUUUACUGGACUUGGUCUUAUCAUGGGGCCACCGGUCGGGGGCUGGUUCUACCAGUCAUUUGGAUAUGAAGUCCCUUUUAUGCUUCUUGGAUGUUUACUGUUGAUCAUGGUUCCAUUUAACAUAUACAUCUUGCCAAACAUUGAGGCGGACCCCUCGAAGGAUUCAUUCCUCCGGCUUCUCACCAAAGUGAAGAUCGUCCUGAUGUGCUAUGCGAUAUUCACUCUCAGUGCAGGUCUGGGCUUCUUGGAUGCCACGUUGUCCCUGUUUGCUAUGGAGACGUUUAAUCUCUCAUCUGGCUAUGUGGGACUCAUCAUGCUUGGUUUGUCGUUACCGUACUGUCUGGCAUCACCGCUGAUGGGCUUCAUCACUGAUAAAUAUCCUUCCACCAGGGGUUGGUUCAUGGUGAUAGGGAGUCUCUGCACAGCAUUUGGCUUCUUUUUGCUCGGUCCCACACCUUUCCUUCACAUCCCGAGUCAGCUGUGGUUGCUGAUUGUCAUGCUUGGUGUAAUUGGGUUUUCUCUUGGCAUGACUGCAAUCCCAACGUUCCCAGAGAUCAUCACUUGUGCAUAUGAGCAGGGGUAUGAAGAGGGACUAAGCACUCUUGGAAUGGUGUCUGGACUGUUUGGGGCAGUUUGGUCCUUGGGGAUGUUUUAUGGUCCAACAGUGGGUGGCCUCAUCACGCAACAUCUCAACUUUGAAUGGGCAGCUGCAGUCCAAGGAGGCCUGGCGUUUCUGGCUGCCUUCCUCCUCGCUGUGCAUUAUCUCUGUGAACCCAGACGACGACAAAGUGUUCGAGAAGAUAGUCAACAGCAAGAUGAAACCACUCCUCUCCUGACUGAAUGAAGUCCUCAGCAACAAUUUACAGAACAAGAUUUUAAUGCUCCAGCUGCUUGUGGGCGACAGCCUCCACUUUUUUUAUUUUACACAAAUAGCCAUUAUUAAUUUCUUUUUAAUGUUUUUAAAUGGUGUUGCAGAGAUUUUAAUGCUUUCUACUCAGAUCACGGAAAUGCUUUUGUGUCAUAGUAUUAUGUUUUUAUGAAAUGUUUGUAGUGGUUGCUGCCUAAAAACAAAGCGGUACAAAUGUUUUACUGACUACUUGAGAUUUAAAUAGAUAUUAUAUAUUGUUCAUGAUGAUAAAUUAAUAUAACAAAUGAAUGUAGUCAAGCACUGGAAAGUCCCGAUCACAAGCUAAAUGUGCCUUUUGUUCUUUUAAUGAUCUUACUUCCUCCAUCACAUGAACUGGAUUUCAUGAAGUUGCUCAGCACUUUCAUGCAUGCAACAUGAAGGAAAUAAGCAUGUAAUAACAUAAACCACAAGGUUAUAUUUCAUAAAGGCCAUAGUAAACCUCACAUGCAUUCAGUAUAAUUCAAAAUAACUGGCAUUGUCAUAUUUCACUGCAGUUGGUGAUUUUGUAUGUUGAGCCUUCUUUUCCGUCUAAACAAUUGUAAGAUAUUUUGCACUUGUGUUUUGCACUUUUGUGUAAAUUUACUUUAUUCGUACGAUAUCUACAUACCAUGCAAGUUACAUGUUUAAGUUGACCUGUGCUGACAUCAUGCACUGCAGAUCUUACUUUUAUUUUAUAUGAGACAAAGUUUCAUUCAGUUGUUCACUGAACCAUUAACUGUAUCCUAAAAUAAUUUCCAAGGUAGUCAUACAUGCAUAAAAACACUAAUAUCCUCUUUCCUGAAAUUUAAAGACAUUAACCUACCCAAAAGUAGAAUAUUGAAUCAUUUAUUUAUAGGUAAAUCAACUUGAUUGGUCCAAAUUGUUCUUUAAAAUAAUCUGUUUUAUCAUAUUUGCGUGCAGGUUAAGUCCCAAAAAUGCAAUGCAUACAUAAUCAACAUAGCCUUUAAGCACAUUUAUUUAAAAAUGUUAGAUAUCAAAAGUUUGACUUUUUACAUAUGAUUCAUCUGUAUUUUUAUAAAGCUGUGAAGAAGUGGUGCAUACAAACUUCGUUAAUCUCUUACAGGCUAAGAAAUUAAACUACAAUAUUACACACAUUUGUUUUCUUUAUCUUUAGUAAAAAUUGAGCCCAAAAGUCAAAUUAUGCUUCAUCAAUAAAUAUAUAAAACAAGAAUUCCUAGAGUCAAACGAUUACUUAUGCAAAGACAGUCUUUACGAACAAAUCUUUCAUUGAUCAAUCUGUAUUAGGAAUACAGAUACAUACUGUUUCUUCUGUUCAAAUAUAAAAAACAACAGUAAAAACAACACACCUGCAAGGUUUUUUGUCAUUAUAAAAAUGUGUUUUAUAUGAAAGAAAUAAUAAAAGUGAAAGCACA